CUCCUUUCAACUAUAAUGUGGUCUCCUGUGUACAAAAAGCUUCAUUUUUUUCUUUUCUGGACCCGCAUCAGAUUUUCGUGUCUCGCUUAACUAUUUCUUCCCUGUUUUCUGAAUCAGGGCUUCAUUUUUGAUCGAUUAGAUUCAUUUGCGAUUAAGGAAAAAUCAUGGCCGGUAUGUGCUGUGGAGUGAAAAUUGGUGAGGGCGAGACUACUGCACCCGUUGAGCCAAGAUCAAAAUCCGCUAGGAGAAGAAGGAUGGGAUGUCAGCAGUUCAAUAUUGUACCCAGCGACACCGCGGUGGCGCCGUCGCUGGACAACGGCGAAAGGAAACGACAGAAGGUGGAGGUUACCGUUCCGGCGGUGUCGCCGCCUCGGGAGUGCGAAAACUCGGUUGUGAAUUGUCAACUGGAACAGAAAGAGCGUGAGUCACCAUCGUUAACAAGAAUAAAACAUUAUGUCGUUCCGGAUUUGCCGAAAUUUAGCUCGAUUUCUGUUUGUGGAAGAAGAAGAGAUAUGGAAGAUGCAGUUGCAAUUCACCCAUCUUUUUGCAGCCAUAGCGAUGAUACUUGUAGAGGGAUACACUUCUUCGGAGUAUACGACGGCCAUGGCUGCUCACAUGUGGCCAUAAAGUGCAAGGACCGAAUGCACGAAAUAGUAAAAGACGAGGUGAAAUCCGGUGAAACAUCAUGGAAAGAAUUAAUGUUCAGGAGCUUUUUGAAGAUGGACCAGGAAGUCACUGAAUGGUCCGGCGAAACGGCUUAUAAUUGCAGAUGUGAACUUCAGACCCCUCAGUCAGACGCUGUCGGAUCCACCGCCGUCGUGGCUGUGGUGACACCGGAAAAGAUAAUUGUCUCCAAUUGUGGUGAUUCUCGCGCUGUUCUUUGCAGAAACGGCAUCGCAAUUCCCCUUUCCGUAGAUCAUAAGCCGGACCGGCCUGAUGAGCUUAAUCGGAUAGAAGAAUCUGGCGGCCGUGUCAUAUUUUGGGACGGAGCAAGAGUUCUUGGAGUGUUAGCAAUGUCUCGAGCCAUUGGUGAUGGUUAUUUAAAACCAUAUGUGAUAUCUGAACCGGAGGUGACCAUAACGGAGCGGACAGCGGAGGAUGAGUGUUUGAUUCUGGCGAGUGAUGGACUAUGGGAUGUAGUGUCUAAUGAGACCGCGUGUGGGGUGGCACGUAUGUGUCUUCAAUCCCGGAAACCGCCAUCACCGCCUAGAUCGCCUGGAAAUGACAUAACGGUGACGGAAUCUGGAGAGAGCUCCGAUAAGUCCUGCUCCGAUGCGUCUAUUCUGUUGACAAAACUGGCUUUGGCGCGACACAGCACUGAUAACGUUAGCGUUGUGGUGGUUGAUUUGCGAAAGGACUUGUAACAAUAAAAAUUUUAAUUUUUCCCUAAUUUUUUUCCUUUUCAUUAGAUAGGUUUUAUUUAAGUAAAAUAUUGAUGGGCCAAAGAAAAGCAAGAAGAAAAUGGGAACCAUAUCAUGUAAUUUGUACGUGGCAAAAAUUAUGUUACAUAAAUGUAUUUAAUAGAAUGCGAUCCCUCGUGAAA